CAGACCAUAUCCUGCUUAGGUCUGAUGAACCUAAGCCACACAAUUCCUGGGAGACCCUCUGCACCCUUGUCUACAAGGGUCUCCCCAACACUCAGGUUCUCAGAGCUCAGAGGCGAUGAGCUCGGGGCAUUUGUUUGAUCUUGAUCUCUCUCUGACAAAAGAAUCCAGAUGAUGUGGAACUCACUGGAGACACUAACCCGAAGAUGGAAGACCUAGAAGUGAUUUUGGCUGUCACCCUGACUGUGCUGGGCCUUGUUAUUCUGGCUAUUCUGAUAGCAAGAUGGACACGGCGUAAGCAAAAUGUGGCACAGCUCUCCAGAUACCCUUCAGAACAGAGUGCUGGGCUUCUGGACUAUGAGGAUGGUGUUUCCUGUGCGAGACCAAAAAAAGGAAGAGGAUCCCGAACUUCGUGUUCAACAGAAAGUGCAAUAUGCCGACCUGCUCCUGUAAUGUGCCGACCUGCUCCUGCAAUAUGUGCAUCCACUCCUGUAAUAUGCCGACCUGCUCCUGCAAUAUGUGCAUCCACUCCUGCAAUAUGCCAAUCCACUCCUGCCCUAACCAUAUCCAAUCCUGCUUUAUGCCAAGGACCAGGAAACAAAGCAAAAGGCAGCAAGUCCCGAGAUAAUCUGGCAGGCAACGCAGGACACAUCACUGGAACCAUCGGACCUAUCAUGCAAUUCUCCGCGCCGAUCCCUGGAGCUACAGGACCUAUCAGGCUGUCUCAGAGAACCAUCGUGCAAACUCCUGGCCCUAUUGCACAAUUUACAGAAUCCAGUGAAGAACCUUCACAAGCCUGCCUCCCUGAAGGAUCCAACUGUGCAAUAACUCCAGUCGCCAUCAGUUGUCCACCGUCACCCAAGGCGCCUGUCUGUGCGACUCCGGCGUCCAUAGUCAGACAAGAUCCGGGUUGUGAUGGACCGGAAGAGGGACUCUUGCUAGAAGGAUGCAGGGACUCACUGAAAAAGAGAAUGAUUGGAGGUCCUAAUGAAUCCUACACAAUGCUGCACAAGAGAGAGAUCAAACGAAGGGUCCGGCCGGGGAUGGGGCUGCAGUGCGAGGGCGAGGUUCCGAUGAUGGAUCAGAUAGGAGCGUCAAGGAGGCGGGACUCGCCAAGAGGACAAGACUCUCAAGUGAGGUUUGACCCAGGCCUUCCACCCGAAACCAUGUGGUCUGAACCACCACGGUACAGAAGACCUGAGUCCAAGAUGAGGAGGACCAACGACGCCAUGCUGAAGAGACAGGGAUGGCAGGGCGAGUGCCCAGUGACCGAACAUGAAUUCGAGUACCAAUACAUGAAGACUGCUACGCCUCCUGCCUCGUGGCCGCCCCAGAGAAUGGCCUCAAAUGCUCCACCUCCCGCAGCAAGGCCAUCCAAGACAGCGGCCCCAGCUCCUGAAGCACAACAACCCCCCGCAGGAGGGGCCCCAGCAGAAGCACCCGCGGCACCACCACCUGAAGGAAAUCCAGGAGGGGAAGAGGGUGAUAAACCCAAGACAGAGAAGAAGAGAAGGAAGAGCCAAGGUGGAGAAGAAGGUUAAGAAUAGCGUAAAGCCGGGCCACCACCGUGAUCAUCGGGCAUAAGCUGUGUCUCAGCCCUCGCCCCAGAGGAUCAUGGUUAUAAAAUCCUCAAGACAUCUUUGUUUUCUGCUAUUCGGUUUUUCAUUAUUAGACUUCCCCGCCACAAACUUCAUCUUCCAAAUUUUGCUUUAUAAGUCAAUAUAUUUAAUCCAGUGAAGAAAGAUGGUGUUUUCUGAAAUAAAACGUCUUUAUUAAAUA